AUGGCGGCGCUGCGGGCCUCCCUGCUGGGCGUCCUGCUGGGCUGCGCGGCCGCGGCCCUCAUCCCCGCGGCCGACGUGAAGGUGGAGGUGCUGCAGAAGCCGUUCCUGUGCCACCGGAGGACCAAGUGGGGGGACAUGAUGCUGGUGCACUAUGAGGGCUUCCUGCAGAGCGACGGCUCCAUGUUCCACUCCACUCACAAACAUAACAAUGGGCAACCUAUGUGGUUUACACUUGGCAUAAGAGAAGCCAUCAAAGGCUGGGACAAAGGUUUGAAGGACAUGUGUGUGGGGGAGAAGCGGAAGCUAACUAUUCCACCAGCCCUUGCUUAUGGAAAAGAAGGGAAAGGGAAAAUUCCACCUGAGAGCACACUGAUCUUCAAUAUUGACCUUCUAGAAAUUAGGAAUGGACCCAGGUCUCAUGAGUCAUUUCAAGAGAUGGAUCUUAAUGAUGACUGGAAGCUGUCCAAGCAAGAGGUGAAAAUUUACUUGAAGAAAGAGUUUGAGAAGCAUGGAGCAGUGGUAAAUGACACCCAGCAUGAUGCUUUGGUUGAAGACAUAUUUGAUAAAGAAGAUGAAGACAGUGAUGGGUUUAUAUCUGCAAGGGAAUUCACAUACAAGCAUGAUGAGCUGUAGGAAAGGAUGACAUAAUUUUUUUGACACAAAUGGCAAUGACUUAGACUGUCUGGUUCUCUUGUCGUCUUGAUUCUGUGUUUUGGAGUUGACAGCUGCUAUUGGCAGAAGAGAAAUGACAAAAAAAACCCCACUUUUUUAUAUUAAAAGAGAAUUUCAGUUGUUUACGUUAAAAAUAUAUAUAUAUUUUAAACUAUUUGUAAGAUUGAAAUUGUACUUACUGUUGUGCAAUGAAGACUUGCACGUUUUGUUUUUUAAUUUUGUAUUAACUUAUUUUUUCAGAAAUGAAACAAGGUUUCCAGGUAUCGAACAUCUUGAAAAUCAAAAUCCAGUACAGUGCCUUUCUGUGCUUUAUUUCUUCAGAUCACAUUCAGUGACUUUUACAUAUGACUUCUAGUCUGACUUAAUCAAUUAUUUGACCUUUUUUGUACCUUGCUGCUUGUAAAGCAGUGUGCUGGCAUUGCUUGCUUUCUGCAGAUUUUGAAAUAUCCACUAGAAAGCACCAACACCUUGUAGGACAGCUGAGAAACUCAUACGAAGCUGAAUGAGAAGAAUGGCUGUCCUAUGCUGAUUCUGCUUUUCUAAAGGAGAAUACCAAAAUAACUGUUUGCAUCACUAAAGGAAAACAAACAAAAAAAUAGGAGUUAAAUAUCAGACCUUCUCAUUUUUAUAUUAGCAGUGUUCUAGAAGAUAAGGUACUAUUUUCCAAGUAGUUUUGUUGUUCUGCAGAGGUAGCGUCCUUCACUUCCUUACAUGCAUUGGUUUGUGAAGAGAUUGCAUUUUCUUCACCUCAGGUGUUGAGAGACAUCUAAAGAAAAAAUUUAGCAAAUUUUUUUUCCCCAUUUUCAGAAAGGAAGGAAGGAGCAUGCUAACAUGCAGGUCAGUAUGUCCUAAAGAACACUUUGUGUUACUUGCCAGCUUUGCUACUGCCUGAAUUGUAGAAUUUGUCUUAUUUUUUUUGCACCUUUGCUGUAUUUUCACAGGUAGCACAAAAGUUAUCUGAGUCUUAAGAAAUAAAGUGACUUUUAAAAAAAAGAAAAAAAGUGAGGUAAACAUUCUGCUGCUGAAUCUUUAUGGUGUGGAGAUGAUGAGGAUUUCAGCUCUGUCUUGUGUGUUUGAACCCUCUCUAAAGAGGAAGAAGCUUAGUCAUCAUCCAUGGGCCUGAAUGAGUGGGUGAGGUAUCUCUUAGAAGGAUUUAGCCUUUAUUCUUCCAGCACUAAAAUGGGUUUUUGUACAGAAUACUUAGAUUUAAAAAUACUGCCAUAGGUUUUGUAGGG